UUACGCUUAUCCAUGGGCCUGUAGCUGAACAACUUAGGUUUUUGUUGGUUGAGUUCCGUGGAUAGCAACAAUGGAAGCAGCGUUAGAGAAAUUCAAUGCCUUCACCAAAUCUGGCCAAGACUUUGUUGACGGCGUUUUUCGUCGCCGGAAUCCGAUUGAAAUCCUUAAACGGUUGCAGAGAGAGGCAUUUUCUGAUAUUAUGAAACUCAGAGACAGACAAGAGAAGGUUGAGCGAAUCCUCUCUUUCUAUCAGUCCAGCAAAGAGGGACCCUUUCAAGAGACCUCCACUCACGUGAGAGGUCACCUGGACUAUUUGGGUUCUUUGUUGGUGCUGAGUGAUGUUAAUCAGCAGAACAUAGAUGCUGUAGAUAAGUGUGGAAUCAGAACAGGGGUUGCUUCCAGGUUCAUUUUUGAAACAAAAAUUGGGGAGAAGUGUUCUGGUGCUGUUGAGUUUGUGGCCACUAAUGCCACUAAUGGAGACAGGGAAAAUUGUGAUGAAAGGCCUCUUUCUCUCUCCAAGCUUAGUUUUACAGCAAAUGUCAAUGACUGGUUCUCUUUUGUGGCUAUGCCUAUCGGUGCCCGGGGCAGAGAUGUUGCAAUUGCUUCCGAUUCUUUCGAUCAGGUUGGAGAAGGGUUUACAGUUUUUUCCUAUUCUGGACCGCCUCUUCUCCACUUGCACAAUGGUACUGCUAUAGGCAUAACUGUGAGAAAGUCAAAUGUUAUUGCCUCAUUGACUGAACAUGUAACUGCUUCGCAAAUUCCACAUACAUCUAGCACCUUUGGGCAACUUUUGUAUCAAUUUUCUGGAGGAACAAAACUGUCUCUUUUGGGACUUCAUCACACGCCUUUAUCAUUAAAGAGACUUGGAAAUUUUGACGCUUUUAGCUUUCCAAUAGUAUUGUCAAAGCAAAAUGAAGUUUCUGAGGCAGCAACUGAAGUAUCGUCAUCAACGGGAAUACGCACUUCUGGUGGUUCUAUUGCCUUGAUGGCGGAGUCCAAAAUUGAUGGUUUUGGAAAACUUGGGGGUUGGUUUGAGAUGAACAAAUUAAAUCCCCAAUCUGUACAAUUCGGUGUAAACUUAUCUGAUGAUUCACAAGAUUCAUUAGGCUGGGGUAUGAGUCUCAGUAGAUUCAUGGAAAAUUCAGAAAAUGAGGCUCAUUUUCAGGCUGAAUCCUACCUAAGAUUUAACAUGGGUAAUAAAUUUUGCUUGAAGCCAGGGGUUGUAUUGGGAACAGAUGGGAAAUCUAAAAUAGCUGCUUUAAUGCUUCGGUCUAAUUGGUCCCUUUGAUGACUAUAGUAUACUUUCUUGACUAGUUGAGGUCUCAACUCUUUUUCUUUUAAUCAGAUAUGACUUGUUAGUCUGUUAUAUA